UUUGUGACCGUUUUUCUGUUUCCUCCUUCGGCCUGAGUCGUGCACCUGGACGUCAAGCUCUCAGCCACAGAGCUUGAGGGCAAGUAGCGGUACCGCGGGUGAGAGUCGCGUGUCCGCUGUGGAUGUGGAUUUCUACCUCCGUCUAAUCUAGUUAGAGAUGGACCUUGCUCCGGGGAGUUUCUGCGUGUAGAUGGAGUCCAGGUCUGGCUGUCAGAGCCUCCUCUCUUUCUGUGUCCCUCUGACCGGCAUCCUGCUCUGAUGAAACCUUAAGAAAACUAAUAGGUUGAAGCAGUGCUUGCAUUAUCUGGCUUGGCCAGUGGUUUGUCGGAAGUGUUACAAUUGGAGUCAUACCUCUAUGCAUUCAGAAAGGAGACAACUGCCCAGACAUCUGUCCUGAAAGCCACAUAAGCCAAUGACUGUUUUGCAGUGAAGAAAAAAAAUCAUUUUAAUCAGUAACCUACUGCUUUUGCCAGACAGGCCUUUUGUCUGAUUUUACCGUCCUAAUAGUUUUCAGUGUUUUAACUGUCCCUAUUUCUCAUGUUUUGCUUUUUUUUUUUUCCCCUAGCUCUUAAGAAUUGGUCAGUUUAAUUUUUUUUCUUUCUGUGUCGGCUUUCAGUUAUUUGUGUUUUUUUUUUUAGUGUUCCUCUUGCAGGCUGUAUACUCCUUUUCCCAUACAGCGAUCUAUCCAUUUAUUGUUUCUAUUGUAUGGAUCCCCGGGUUGCCUGGAUCCAGCCAGAGCAAAGAGGCCCUGCCAAUGCUCUCUGGAUGCAAAUUUGGGAGACCUCGCAAGGCAGGCGGGAAAGGUGCCCCAGGCUAACUCCCACACCUGGACCUAGUGGGGAUAACUCCAAUUUGAUUAAUAGACCUCCUAAUUACCCUGCCUAUCUAUGUCUCAAUACUUUGGCUGUGGACAGGUGCAGUGCAUUUCAACCCAGCCCCUCUUUUCGGCCUGGAACACCUUGCUCUUCCUCCUCCUCAUCUUCUAGUGACCGAGAACAAGAUACUGUACCUCUUGUUUCUGGCUGUGCAUUGCCUCCAGCAUCAGCAUCUCAGAUGUUUGACAACAGUUUGGGAUCUCGGACCUCAAGGUUACAGAAAAACUCUUCUGUGUCUUCUUGUUCCUCUGACUCUGGUUCUGAUGGCCUCAGAUGCUCCUCUCCCUGUGGGGUUGGAAUAGGUCCCUUCCAGAGUGGGUCCAGCACAAACCUACCUGGUUCACCACACUACAGUUUCACAGAUAACGAACUCCAUAACAACAACUUGUAUAGCCAAGAUGCACAUCCUGUCACCAAUGGCAAUCGGGAGGCCUCUCCUGUCUUUGUUCACAGAUCUCAGCCUCGUGACUUACACCACAACAUUCUUAAUCAUUUGUCCAGCUGUUAUGACCAUCUGCAUCAGUAUCACCCUAGCCGCAGGAAAAGGGAAAACAAAGCCAGCACCUAUGGCAUGAACUACCUGCUAGCUGAACAGUUUCACGGAGGUCAUCCAGGAACUGACCACGGAAUCCGUAUGCAAUAUGCGGCUGGUACUCCGUGGAAGACAAAGAACUACAGUCUUGGCUUGCAAGGUCUUCAUGAAGAAAUAAUUGACUUCUAUGAAUUCAUGUCUCCAAGACCUGAAGAAGCUGCAAUGAGGAAAGAUGUUGUUAAGCGAAUAGAAACUGUCAUAAAGGAUCUAUGGCCUACAGCUGAUGUUCAGAUUUUUGGAAGCUUCAGUACAGGACUGUAUCUACCCACAAGUGAUAUCGAUCUUGUUGUGUUUGGAAAGUGGGAACGACCACCCUUGCAGUUGUUGGAACAGGAACUUCACAAAAAACAGGUUGCGGAGAAGAGUUCAAUCAAAGUGUUGGAUAAAGCAACGGUGCCUAUUAUCAAGCUCUCUGACAAGGAAACGGAUGUCAGAGUUGACAUCAGUUUUAAUGUUAAGACUGGUGUAAAGGCGGCUCAGUUCAUUAAGGAUUGUAUGAAGGAAUACUCCGUACUGCCUUACUUGAUUUUAGUAUUGAAACAAUUUCUCCUUCAGAGAGAUCUGAAUGAAGUUUUUACUGGUGGGAUUAGCUCAUACAGCCUGAUUUUAAUGGCAAUUAGUUUUCUACAGUUGCAUCCAAGGAUAGAUGCAAGAAGCUCGAAUGUGAAUCUUGGAAUGCUUCUUGUGGAAUUCUUUGAACUGUACGGAAGAAAUUUUAAUUACAUGAAAACUGGGAUACGGAUAAGAAAUGGGGGUGCUUACAUUGCAAAAGAAGAAAUCAUGAAAGUUAUGGCAAAUGGUUAUAGGCCGUCCAUGCUCUGUAUUGAGGAUCCUCUUUUACCUGAAAAUGAUGUCGGAAGAAGUUCAUAUGGAGCCAUUCAAGUGCAGCAAGUCUUUGAUUAUGCUUAUCUUGUUCUAAGUCGUGCCAUAUCUCCACUUGCAAGAUCGUAUCCAAACAGAGAUUCUGAAAGCACACUAGGGCGUAUAAUAAAAGUGACCCAAGAAGUAAUUCUUUAUAGAGAGAAGAUUAGGAAGAAAUGGGCAGGCAAAGUAGAGGCUCAAACAAAUAGUGGAAAGAACCCACUUUCUUCCUGUGCUGAGGACCCCUUGCAAAACCAGAGCUCCACUGGCCAGUGCUCGAGUUCAUCUUUGUGCAGCCCACAGGAAUUCUCAUCUGAAGUGUCUUCCUCGUCGUCUUUCUCAGGAAGUGAUAUUGAUUCUGAUACACCACCAUCCACUGCACCAUCUCUCCACCAGUUUAAUCUACAAGCCCUGACACCGGUUAUGCCCAGAUUUCCACUAGCACUGUCAAUGCUAGCUGGUAAACCCAAGUCGGCAGCUGAUCAAGACUUGAUGUCUACCAGCGCUCAGGCAAGUUACAAUAUCCAUGGUGUGUCGACUAGAGUGCCUCCAGUUCCUUGCAGACAGGUUGGUAUCGACCAACCAUCUUUGAAAGCAGAUCACCAUGUGCCCUAUCCUGCUGUUCCCUCUGCACCCGUUAACAGACUGCCAAGUCCUCAUAACUAUAAGCAUCACAAUGGGAUGAAGUAUGCUAUGAAAGAUGUGUAUAAUCACAAUUCAAGCAAUGGACAACAGAUCAAUGGAAGUAACACGAAGCAGCCCGUUGGCAACAGAGGACACUAUCAGUAUAAUCGUAGCAACUGGAGAAGGAAAAAGCAUUCAAGAGAUGCCUUGCCAAUGAGCAUUAGCAGAUGAAAUACUGCAGUUUUGCAUACUUGCUCUGGGUAUUUCUACCACCUGUAUGGACACCCUGAUAGGAGUCCGGCACACUGUACAGUUUAAUAUCUUCAGUGGAUUCAUUUGCAUGUUUCUUGCGGCUAGGUUAAUUUCCAAAGAAGUAGCUGCAAAGAUAUAAAGCCUUAAAUUCAUGUUUUCUUUAGUUUUGCAGAACGAUGUGCCAAAGUUUUACUGGUGUAAAAGCUGCAAAAGUAACAUCACAAUUUUUUUGAGUGUUCUAGGUUUGUCUGUUUAAGGCUUUUUUUUUUUUAUUUUUUUUAGAAAAUCAGGGGUUGAUGGGUCUAUUCAAUCUUAGGUAGUCAUGGGUUUGUCACAGCCAGCUGUGCUGCCACUUCUGAAAGCUAUAUUUUUGUUAGCAUUGUAAAUACUCAGAACAUAUAUAUUAUAUACUUUUUGUGCAAUAUAUUUAAUUUGAUAACUUAUAUUAAGCAAGUUUUUUUUCUUGUUUACAGAUCCUUUCUAACGUUGCAUCUAAUGUUUGCGUUCAUAUAAUCCAUUCUUUGAUGGGUCACAGAAGUACAAGAAUUUGCAAUGCUGUCAUGAGUCUUCAUGGUUCACAACAGUUGCCAGCUGUUCAACAUCUAUUAGAGCAUAUUCUGGUCUUCUGCACUGUUGCUUACCUUUUUUAUAUUUAUAUUUUCAUAGUUUGUAUGGCCCUUAGUUCCCCCUCCCCCUUUUAACUGUCAAACAAUCCAGCUUUUUAUUUUUCUGUUGAAAUGUUUUAAUCAGUGCAAAGUGUUAGUAGGAAAUAUGAAGCCCUUGUUGUGAACUAUGAAAUGCUUCUGUCUAACCUAUCACUGAUCUGGUUUAAUGGACACCAAGUGAAAGGAACAUAAAGAAAGGGAUUAUUUUGAUUCCUUUAUGGAAUCUGUUUUGUAGUAUGCAUUUGUUCUAUGAAGAGCAACUUACAGAGCAUGCAAGCUAAAUGUGUUAAAAGGCUAAUCAUUCAUCUGUGUUAAACAUGGGGUCUAGUCUGCAUUUGGCAUGAAUGAUGCUUAGACUGUUAAUGCAUAUGUGUAUUCUAUGCAAAUUUGUCGUUUUUGUUUUUUGCUUGAUUUUGUUUUUUAAUACAUUGUGUCCUACAUUCUUUGAUUUUAAUACAUUUGCCCUGAAAGUUAUGAUGUACAGGGAAUU